AUGCGCUUUCUGUCCGCCCGUCAACUAUGCGGGGCAGCCCUGUUGCUGCUCCAGGCCCAGCCGGCCCUAUCCGACCUCAGCGUCGUGGCCACCAGCGAUGACUCGUUGAAGAAGGCGGGCAAGGCUAUUGUCGCUCCCAUGAUGAAGUUCUACGAGCAGAACCAGACCGAGGGAAUUCCCGGCAAACUGACCGACACCUGGUAUGUCGCCGGCAGUAUGUUUAUGACUCUGAUUCAGUACUGGCAAGUCUCCGGCGAUGACUCCCAGAACAAGAUCGUCUCCCACGAUCUAAUGUUCCAGUCUGGAGAGAACUACGACUUCUUUUCUCACAACGUCAGCCAGUGGCUGGGAAAUGACGAUCAGAUGUUCUGGGGUCUGGCCGCUAUCACGGCGUCUGAGACCGGCUUUCCCGAGAUCGACGGGAAGCCCUCAUGGACCUCGCUGGCCCGUGUGGUCUUCAACAUGCAGGUCGACCGCUGGGAUACGGGCACCUGCGAUGGCGGCCUUCGCUGGCAGAUCUGGCCAUAUCAGGCCGGCUACACCAUGAAGAACGCGAUCUCUAACGGCGGUCUGUUCGAGUUGGCCGCACGUCUGGCGCGCUUCACCAAGAACGACACCUACGCCGACUGGGCCGAAAAGAUCUGGGACUGGUCGGCCACCACGCCGCUGCUGCAGACCAAGAGGUGGUACGUCGCCGACUCUACGUCCAACGAGGCCAACUGUAAGGAUGCUGGUAACGAUCAGUGGACCUAUAAUUACGGCACUUAUCUGGCAGGCGCUGCGUUUAUGUACAACUACACCAAUGGCAACGACAAAUGGUUGGAGCGAGUGAACGGUUUACUGGAUUCGUCCAUGCAAAAGUUCUUUCCGAAGAAAUUCGGUGGCAACGUUAUGUCCGAGGUAGCAUGCGAGCCCAUCUUGUCUUGCGAUCGCAACCAGCUCUGUUUCAAGGGUUAUCUUUCCAUGUGGAUGGCUUUCACCGCCAUCUUGGUCCCGUCCACAGCCGAGAAGAUUAUUCCCAAACUACAUGGUUCCGCCGAGGCCAUCGGCAAGCAGUGCUCGGGCAAAUCGGACAAUCUCUGCGGCGUGACUUGGGGCAAGACGACGUGGGACGGUGUGCAAGGGCUGGAGGUUCAGAUGGCCGCGCUGGGCGGUAUCACGGCGAGUUUGAUGGUCUCCAAGACGCAGCAACCGAAGACCAUCGACGACAACCCCGACGCCAAAGAAACCCAGAUUCCGACCAGUGGCGACUCCGAUCCUUCGGAGCCCGCGCCCAUUGAAACGGCCGACCGGGCCGGAGCUUGGAUCCUGACUGUCAUCAUGAUUGCCGCGGUCACUGGUGCCGUCGGCUGGCUGGUGAAAUCGUGA